AUGUCAUCGAACAGAAACUCAGAUCUUCAAAUGCUUGCAGAAGAUUUAGAAAAACAGCAGCUUGGAGACUUGGAAUCAGAUAAGAAUUCAUUGGAAAAAAAGCUGGAGACUGGACGAGAUGGGAUUAAUGUGCAGCAUUUUACACUUGUGCUUUCUAAUGAUAAUGAGGGAGAUGACAGCAAGUGUGGGCGGUAUGAGACUGAUGAUGAGUACUACCCUGAUGGAGGGUGGCAGGCAUGGCUGGUAGUGUUUGGAGCUUUCAUGGGUAUUUUUCCAAUAUGGGGGAUGUUCAAUUCACUGGGGGCGAUAGAAGGGUAUAUUUCUAAGCACCAAUUAGCUGGGGUAAAGCCCACGGCGGUGUCAUGGAUAUUUUCUAUCCAUUUGACGGUGUGCAGCGCAUGCUGCGUAUUUAGUGGCGCUUAUUUCGAUCGAAACGGGGCCAGAGAGGCUGUCAUUGUCGGUGGUGCACUUUACGUUCUAGGUAUAUUCUUUAUGUCGAUGGGCACAGAGGUAUGGCAUUUUAUUGCAAGUUUUUCUAUAAUGUGUGGCUGCGCUGCCGGAAUUCUCACUACACCACUCAUCUCGAGUGUGGCAACAUGGUUCAACGAAAGGAGAGCCGCCGCCACUAGCUUAGCCACGGUCGGCAGUUCUAUUGGGGGCAUUAUAAUCCCAAUUACCCUCCGUAAACUAUAUGUCCAAGUUGGUUACGUAUGGGCUAUUAGAAUCCUCGCCCUGAUUUGCCUGUUCUGCAUGACAUUAGCUUCAAUAUUCACACGUGAGCGUGUGAAACCAAAAUGCACCCCCUUCAACUCAUACAAAGAGGCCUAUCGCUACUAUCUCUCAAAUUCCUUCAACUGGCGUUACUUCCUCGACCAACGCUUCCUAUGGUGCACCAUCUCCUUUUCUCUUGCAGAGAACUCCAUUUGCAUGACCGCUACCUACAUCUCAUCUUAUAUGGUUGCUAGAGGCUACUCGGAAUCAAUGAGCUACACACUUCUUACCGUUAUCAAUGCCGGCGGUAUCUUCGGUAGAUACAUACCUGGAUAUCUAGCAGAUACCUAUUUCGGAAGAUUCAACGUGGUCAUAUUCACCUCGAUUUUCGCAGCCAUCGUUAAUCUAUGCAUGUGGUUGCCAUUUGGUAACCACUCUACGGUUAUGUGGGUAUAUGCCGUCAUAUAUGGCUUCCUAAUAGGCUCUGUUUUCUCUCUAACCCCAGUCUGCAUAGGUCAGAUUUGUAAAACAAGCGACUUCGGUAAGAAAUAUUCUACAGCAUACUUGCUUACUGCUGCGAUGACACUACCCAUUAUACCAAUAGGUGGCGCCAUUAUAGGAGAAGGAACUAUACAAAAUUACAAUAAUUUUAUCAUCUUCACCUCCAUGCUGAUGCUAGCUGGAGGUUUAUGCUACAUACUUUCUCGUACCCUGUGUGUAGGUUUCCGUAUAUCCAAGUUUUAA